AUGGGCUUCGACCGUGGUGGAAGGGGCGGCGGUAGAGGUGGUGGCUUCCGUGGUGGUGGUGAUCGCGGUGGUCGCGGCGGCGCGCGGGGUGGUGGUCGCGGCGGUGGCUUCGGCGGUCGUGGUGGCGCUGCUCGUGGUGGUCGCGGUGGCCCUGGCGGCCGCGGUCGUGGCGCUCCUCGUGGGGGCGGUCGCGGCGGCCGGGGUGGUGGUCCCGGAGGUGCGAAAGGCGGCAAGAAGGUCAUCGUCGAGCCCCAUCGUCACAAGGGUGUAUUUGUCGCUCGUGGUGGAAAGGAGGAUCUUCUUGCGACGACCAACCUGGUCCCUGGCGAGUCCGUAUACGGCGAGAAGAGAAUCUCCGUCGAGAACUCGGGCAAGGGUGAGGAUGCCGUUGCCACCAAGACCGAGUACCGCCUUGCCGCUGGUAUUCUCGGUGGGCUGGAAACCAUCUACAUGAAGCCGGGUUCAAAGGUUCUCUACCUCGGUGCUGCUUCGGGUACCUCCGUCUCCCACGUUGCCGAUAUUGUCGGCCCAACUGGCGCUGUCUACGCUGUCGAAUUUUCGCACCGAUCCGGGAGAGAUCUUAUCAACAUGGCUACACGUCGUACUAAUGUCAUCCCGAUCGUCGAGGACGCUCGUAAGCCGAUGGCAUACCGCAUGCUUCUCCCCAUGGUGGACGUCAUCUUCGCCGAUGUUGCCCAACCCGAUCAGGCCCGUAUUGUCGGUAUCAACGCAAAACUGUUCCUGAAGCAGGGUGGUGGUCUUCUCAUCUCUAUCAAGGCCAGCUGCAUUGACAGCACUGCCCCUCCUGAGCAGGUGUUUGCCAGCGAAGUCCAAAAGCUUCGUGAGGACAAGUUCUUCCCCAAGGAGCAGCUCACUCUCGAACCGUACGAGCGUGAUCACGCCAUGGUGUCUUGCGUCUACCUGCAAAAGGAGUUUGAGGCCAACUGA